CUUCGUGACGACUCUCCUUAAAGUGCGCUUUGCACUAUCUUCCCUUUCCCUUCUACGCGGCAACACCGCAGCAUUCCUUUCCUUGUCUCCCCCUUAUCUUUACAAUUCUCACCAUGUUCUCUCCUUGGAUCCUCACCAUCUUCACAUGUCUGUUCGCCAUCGCAGUGGCAGUCCAACCACCCGCCUACAGCGGCUACACGCGCGUCUGGCAUCAAGGCUUCGAAGGCCAAGCCAACACAUUCCCCAGCACAACCACAUGGCACAUCAUCGAGCGCGUAAAGAACUACAACAAUGAAGUCCAAGCCUACGUGAGAAGCACAAGUGUUCUUCGAAAGUCUGGCAAGAACACCUUGCAGCUGAUUCCCCAGUUCUCAGAUUCAACGCGGAAAUGGACGUCUGCUCGUAUUGAGAGCAAGUAUACUCUGACGCCCAAGCUUGGAAAGAUCACUAGAGUUGAAGCGAGUUUGCGUCUGGGUGGCAACUCGGCGAGGAGUAAGCAGGGAAUCUGGCCGGCUUUUUGGCUCCUGGGUGAUGCGAUCCGAAAAGGUGUUGAGUGGCCUGCUUGCGGAGAGGUUGAUAUCAUGGAGAAUGUCAACGGGCAAAAAAUUGGCUAUGGCGCUGUUCACUGUGACCAAGCUCCUGGCGGGAUCUGCAAUGAGCCUAAUGGCAUUGCGUCCAAUGUUCAGCUUCCUGAUAGCAACUAUCACGUUUGGCGGGUCCAGUUUGAUCGACGAAGCAGCAAUCUGAGGUCUCAGUCUAUUACCUGGUAUCUCGACGGAAGGGUCUUUCAUCGUGUUACGGGCGCUCAAGUCGGCAAUGCUAAGGUUUGGAAGAGUCUUUGCCAUAGUCCUAUGUUUGUCAUCUUCAACGUUGCCGUUGGGGGAGAUUGGCCUGGCGUUCCCAACACCAACACCAAAGAUGGAAUUGGAAACCAUAUGGAAGUUGAAUAUGUCGCCCAUUAUGUUUCGAGCUAGUUGGACAUUUAUCAUUUAGAUCUCGUUUAUCU